GUAUUCUGGUUGACUUAACCACAACAUGUGUGUUUAGUAUUAAACAUAUAGAAAGUAAAGCUUUAGUUAAGGUAUUAACAAAGGAUCAACUUAAGAGAAUAUUACAAAAUCUUCUUUGUGGCGUAAUUACUAGACUAAAAAGUAUAUUUAUACAGGAAUAUACAAGUUGACGGGACGGUAUAAUAAUAUUUAAUGUAUGUAUCUAAUGUAUACGUUGUGUGACAGUCGUAAAUAUUUUCAUUCAUUUUCCUUGAGGGCAAUUAACAGUGUACAAUAAUGAUACCGCAACGCAUAAAAGUCCUUCACUUUAAUUAGAAGUUGACAGUGACAAAGAAUGAUCUGACGAAUUUGCUGAAAAACGGAUAUUUAACUAACUCUUUAAAAGUUAAGUUAUAACUAGAUCUAGGAUAGAAAUUAAAGGAUGGCAAACACUGGAAAAUCGACAAAGGUGGAUCCGUUUAUUCUAAAAUACAUGGGAGUGCAAUUCAAUCCAGAUAAAUAUGUGUUUCAUUUAUUACUAGUGUUGACUUUGAUGUUUAUGAUACUAUACACUGUUGGAACUUCUGUACCCGCGUGGUACGUGCUAGAAGAAAACGUUAACAACGUGAGCACGUGCAGGUCUGCUGACCGUUACUUAGAGCCACACGUGAGACGGUACUGGAAUAAAAAUCCGAGCAAACUGCUUUUGACUUCAAGUCUAUGGUUUAUAAAUGUACAUUUAACUAGUGACGAUGUAAAAUACACUAAAUUUGUGCCAUUCAUUUUUGCACAAAAAGAAAAUUUAGCCGAAGAAACUCGCAAUGGAAUGAUAGUUGACAAUAUGUUUCCAAAAUGUUUGACGACAAUUAUUACGUUUACGUUUCUCAGUUUGGGCGUGGCCUUCACGUGUUGUGCUUCUAACCGGCCGGGUAGAUUAAUCUACUUCGGGCUUUCGUCAGUUAUGAUUGUAGCUGCAAUAACAACUUGGGUAUCCGUUGCCAUAACUACCAGCGAGAAAUAUCUUCUAUCAGUUGCUUUUGACCUUUGCCUUCAGCAAGGGGCACUGAAGACAUCUUUUCUGUUACAGAUGGUUACCGGCUCUGCCGGAAUUUUAGCGUUUAUUUUUGGAUGCAUUUUAAUUCAUAUUGCGAUACUUAUUAACAAUAAAUUUAACACGGAGAGGAUGUGCAGUGACAAAGAUGAUUUAAGUAUUCAAGAACAACUAUCUUUCAUGUAUCAAGACUUUAAAGACUCCGGGAAGGGAAAGUUUUCUAAUGUUUACAACCUUUGAAAUCGAUUAUGUAUUUGUUUGGAAAAUGUGGUGAUAGAGAAGUUCAUCGUGCUAAUAACAUCAGUAGUCAAUAACCGUCAUACACAUGUUACAACAUGACUUUAUAAUUAAUCUCAACGUUUGGUCGUGUUGCAACGUGAUUCUAUAAAUGAUCUCAGCGUUUUGGGAGCGCAAUCAAAUUUGGACCCGCAGACAUCGCAUUCCCAAUUCGUACAAUUAAUAAAAAAAAAUAGAUAUGAAACAUUAGAGUACAGGCUGCAUUUAUCAUAAUUGUCAAGUCACGUUGAAUUCAGCUAUCUUAACAUACAGUCUUGCAUUUGACUAUAUCUUGUCUCGUUUAAAUUUGGAUCUCUGUUCCUUUCACAUAUCAAACAUGUUCAUUAUCGGACCAAAACGGAAUGUUUACUUUUCAUCAGACUUCUAUGCAGAAAAAUUCUGUUUUUAUACAUAAAUAUGUGGCAGGCUUAGAAAAUAUUACAAAUGCUCAACCGUAUAUUUGAGCAUUUGAUAUGCUUAAAGAACCAAAAUGUGAUUUGAGCCGCGUCACGACAAAACCAAAAUAGUGCGUUUGCGACCAGCAUGCAUCCGCGCAGUCUGAUCAGGAUCCAUGCUGUUCGCUAUCAGUUUCUCUACUUGUUAUAGGGUCUGUAAGCGAACAGCAUGGAUCCUGAUCAGACUGCGCGGAUGCGCAGGCUGGUCUGGAUCCAUGCUGGUCGCAAACCCAUUAUAUGUUGGUUUUGUCGUGACGCGGCUCAUUUAUUAUUGUGCAAACGAAAAAUGAACAAUAUUGAACACUAAUAUACACGUAUUAUAACUUAAUUAUACGACGUACCUUCCUUUAUACAACAUAAAUAACUUUAAAUAUUAUAUGACUGGUAUAUGAUAUAUUACGUGCCUAUGUAAUAACUAAACUAUAUGUUUUGCCAAAGCAGUUUUAUAUAUCUUUUAAAUGAAUAAAAUGUACAAACAUA